UUAAUCUAAAAUAGGCUAUUUUCCGUCAUCGUCUCCUUUAAAGAAAUUAAAAUGUUAUAAGGAAACCCCACAGUCACUUCUUAUUAAAGCGGCAAAUGUGACCUUGAUUUGUGAGCAUGAAGUUGGUCUCUGUAAAUGAGGUGGAGAUCAGAAGCUGUACGGGAUUCCUGUUGUCACUGCGCACAGAGCGCAUGGGAUGCCGCCGCUGACACCAACACAACGCUAUCUGCGCACUUUACGCAACACGGGACAUUCCUGCGUUCUCCUCCCGCGUCUUUAACCAAACCUUUUACCUAAAUUUGUAUUUUUCCUACCUCAUCUGGAUUCAAACAUGACUGGACUGAAGUUGAAAGGCGCACUGAUUUUGUGCGUCCUGUUACUGCCGUCCUCUCAUCCGAAUAGCCAGGUGCUGGACUGUCGCGAAGUGCGCUCGUCUUUUCAGUUUCUGUACCCGGGGAUGAAAUGGACCCCAGAAACGCCGGUCUCAGGCUCGGAUCUGCAGGUGUGCCAGCCGAAAGGCCUGACCUGCUGUUCCCGCAAAAUGGAGGAGCGCUACCUGCUUAUUGCCAAACAGAAUAUGGAGUCGAGUCUCCAGGCUACCAGCGCUCAGCUUAAAGUUCUCAUCAUUCAGAAUGCUGCCCUCUUUCAAGAGGCCUUUGACAUGGUGCUUCGUCUGGGUCGUAAUUCCACUCUGAUGCUGAUAAGGGAUGAUUUUCCUGGUUUAGGACACGGGGCCAGCGGAGCCGUCAUGCAGCUGUUUACGGAUAUGUCCCUGUACAUCCUGGGCUCCGAUGCCAAUGUAAACGACAUGGUUUCCACCUUCUUCUCACGCCUUUUUCCUCUCACCCACCGUCGUCUCCUUGGCAACGGGCAGGUGGCGGGCAUCUCAGAAGAAUGCCUGCGCGGGGCCUGGCGUGGAUCCUCUGCAUACGGGUCCUUUCCCAAGUUGAUGAUGACGCGGCUUUCUCGAUCGCUCCUGGCCACUCGGGUCUUCCUGCAGGCACUGAAUCUGGGCAUUGAAGUGGUCAACACUACUCAGCACCUGCGGGCAGGCAAGGACUGCGGGCGCUCGCUGCUGAAGCUGUGGUACUGCCCGCACUGUCAGGGGCUGUUGGAGGCUCGUCCGUGCCGCCCCCUCUGCGUAAGCACCAUGGGGGCCUGUCUGGGAGGAGCGGCGGAGGUACAGCCUCACUGGAGGGCGUAUGUGGAUGAACUGGGGUCACUCGUUGGUGCUAUGAACGGAGAGCAGGACAUUGAAGAUGUGGUGCUCAGACUGCAUGGCAUUAUUAGACAAGCUCUCAAACAUGCUGUAGCGACUAAAAGCAAAGUGAGCGCACAGGUAAACAGUAUAUGUGUGCACACGCCAUCCCGUGCGUCUCGUUCUGUGACGUCGAAAGAACCCGCUUCUGCCUCGCCGCUGACCCAAAGCCGACCGUUAGUGAACUUUGACCCGAAUGAGACCCUCAUCGGACGCCGCAGGGAGUUUAUCUCAGGUCUGAGGAGCUUCAGUCAGUUCUACAGUGGGCUCGGGGAAGCUUUGUGCAGUAAGGAGACGACAGCACUCAACAGCUCCCUCUGCUGGAACGGACAAGAGAUGACAGACAAGUUUUCUGGUCCAGGUCUGAAAAGAGUCCAUCCUCACGGGCACGGCUCGGAAUCCAGACAAAAACCUCCUGAGCCCGUCAUCAGCCAGAUCAUAGACAAACUCAAACACAUCAAUCAGCUUUUGCGGAUGGUGACAUUGCCUGAGAAGCGAUGGAGGGCUCGACCAGCAGGAGGCACUGCAAAAAGAGAUCCAUCCGGGCAGGGCCGGGCAGACGAGGAUGAGGAGGGUCUGGAGAGCGGAGACUGUGAUGACGAAGAUGAGUGUACCGGCGUUUCUGGACUUGGGCCUCCUCCGAGACGCAAACGCCUGCGUAUCUUUGCAGACUUGGCAGAUAACCUGGCAAUUGAUGACUUAACGCUUCACGAGUUACUGCUGACUCCUAGACUGGGCACGGACACCCAUGGAGGAUCAUCUGUACCUGGAGGAGCACGGGCGUUGUACGUUCCUAGUGAAAUCUUCAUCUUUACUGUCAUCAUCAUCUUUACCCUGUUGGAUCUCCAGUGAUUAUUAAUCCAAUCUGAUCAUCUUCAAACGCACUGAUGAGAGUUUAAAAGAGAUGCUACUGAUGCCCAUGUGUACAUAUGAAUCUGAUCAAAAACAGAAACCAUUUUUCUUCUCAAUUGCAACUUCUCAUUUUUUAUAUUUUUCACGGAAUUAAGGUGUACAGCAUUUAUUCAUUUAGCCUAACAAAUCCCUUUUAUCCAAAGUGACUUACAAGUAAGGAAUACAAGAAAGUGAGGAAUAAAGCCUCAAACUAUGACAUCAUCAGGAGCACCCAAUACAGAAUCGUGUUCUUUUCCCCAUGCCACACAAGAGCCAUGUGUUUUACAUCGCAUUUCCGCUAUACACAUGCCGUUUUACACAAAGGCCGAAGCCUUCUGUAGGAAAAGGAGCUUAAUCUCCUUUGAAAAGACAAAGAGACGCUGCUUUUGCGAGUAUAUGGGCACUUAAGGAGAAGUAACCGUGACAGACGGCAGACUCUGCUGAAUACAUGUAACUGCACCAGUGGGCAUAGACUAUCUCUUGACUGUCUCUCGUAUAUACACUUAUGUGAGGUUCUCCUCUGCCACUCAUUUCCUGUGCAGUAAAUGGAGGACAGCACAUCAAGGCAUCGGCAUGUUGUUGUGAAACCGUCUCUCUACAGGACGACACAGCUGUACUUUAUUUCCAAAAGAAAGAUGCUGUUUUAUUAGUAUGACGAGUUCUCUUUUCAGAAAUUGUGGUAUUUUAUAUCUCUAUUUAAUUUGACUGCUUCUCUUUUUCUAUAUUUUAUUGUAAUUGUGUGAUUAAACAGACACUUUGUCUUUAGUUACUGUUUUCUUAUCACAACUCACCAUAGCAUUUGCAUCCAAGGAAAGAUAAUUGAUCAUUAAUUGAACUGUGCAUGUCAAGUAUCUGACCAUUUGUACUGAAAAUCUUCAUAUACAAAGGGCUAAAUGUUAAUUUCAGAUCAUCCUCUGAAUCGGAUCUUUAUCGGAAAGUCUGCUGUUUAAAGAUUGACACUUUUCCGUUGUAACCUGUAAAUUCAUUACCGAUCUCUUUGCAAUGCUUAACAGACUUCAUUAUAUCUGUACACGUGAAGGAGUGUUUCAAACUUGGACUUCAUUUUUGACCUGGUUUCCAUUUUUACAUUUUCCCGUCUGUUACAUUAUUCAUAACAAAUACAAUUGUAAUCUCAAAAUACUUUACAAACUUAUUCUCCUGUUCCAGCUGUGCAGUUUAUAAAAAUGGCUCUGUUUAUUUAAGCAGUUCAGUUCUGGCUGCGAUCAGGACUUUGAUUGUCCCAUUAACUUUAACUCCAAUGCUAAUUUGCCUGUGUCUUGAUGAAAAAUAACUUUCUGAUUCACUUACAUUUAUGCAUUUGGCAGAUACGUUUAUCCAAAGCAACUUAAGAGUGCAAUUCUUGAAUUCCCUGGGAAUUAAGCCCUUGAACUUGGCAUUGCUACAGCCACACUUUAAUAAUUGGCCUACACAUGCUCUUUUACUUUACUUUACUAUUUUGCAGCGUAUUUUAAUAUAACAACGAUGGCCCAGUCUUUCCUAAAGAAACUCACAAUGCUAAAAAGCAGACUUCACAGAGGGAAUUAUGUUUUCUUUGAGGUGAAUGCUGUGUUAGAUUUGGCUAUAUGUUGUGUGGUCGUUUUAUUUGCCUACGAAAUCACACAUUGCAGCUCGGUCAAUAUUAUGCUUUUGCCAAGCCCCAGUUAUGAUGAUUUCAUGAGGUUUUCUUAGAAUAAUGGCUUCUUUUGUGUCAUGCCAGUGAUAUGCUGAGCUCUUGAUUUGGUUCAGUGCAACCCUCACGUCGUUCUCAGCUACUGAACCCUGAGUUUCUUCAGUGAUCAGUGGCGUCUCUGUAGUUUCUCUCACAGGUCCCUUUGUUUCGAAGGACAGUCUUUACUGGAUAAUCUCUGGUUGGUUUGAUUUAACCCCCGUUUACUGAUAAACGUGCCAGCGGUGUCCACUAACACUUGAUAAAGUUUUUACCUUUUUCCUAACGUAAACAUUUGUUUUAUUUCAACUUUAAUUCCUUUUAUUCUUAAUUUUCACAGCUGUCCUUCGGAGGAUUCACAAUCUAGAUAAUGAUCACUUUGCUGCUGGGUUUGAUCCAGAAAAUGAGGUAGUUAUUUUAAUGAGUCACAGGUAGAGGCCAAUUUUAAGUCAAUUGCGGGCUUGUUAGGGCAGCGGUUUGCAUCUGUGUUAACUCGAGCUUCUGCAAUACACUAACUGAACGGAAAUAAGUGCAUAGAAAUGACUUCUUUUAGUAAUUCAACCAAAAUAUAAUGGAUAUUUAUGCAAAGGACUGUGUAACGAAAGGGUAUUUAAUGCCUUAUGUAACAUUGCACGAGGAUGAAAGAAGUCACAGUUCUUUCUCUGUUUACAUGUUAAGUUUAAACGUAAAAGUAAACUUUACAAACAAACUGUUAUGAGGGUGAUGAGGCGAUAUAAAAAAUGGCAACUUAUUUGAAACAAAUCCUUACAGUAUGUAGUAAAUGAGUGAUGUGCUUCAGCCAGUAAUGGUAUGUGUUGAGUACCGUAAUUAAACUUUGAAUUUUGCAAUAGUGUUUAUACUGGAGCUGAUUGCACAGUGGGGGAGCAUUCAGGGGCCAUUUGGCACAUCUGAAUACUUGAGCUUGGCCCGAGCUGUUUAAUAUCCCGAACAUCGGUGAAGGGGGGAAAAUAAAGCCCUUCAUUCACACAAGGUUACAGUUACUCGGACCUCAUAUUCGGAAAGCAACAGUC